CCCCUCUUUCGGAGCGAGAGCCAUUUUCUAAACGAGAACUCAGAGACGCACCGCAACGAGACCAGCGAGUGACCAUUUAGAGCCAUGGCGAAACAUGGCGCAGAGGUGGUGAUCGUGCCCCGCAACUUUAAGCUGCUGGAAGAGCUGGAGAACAGCGAAAAGGGCCACGGAGACAUGAGUAUCUCGUACGGAUUAGAGCAGGCAGACGACAUUUUCCUCACAAACUGGAUCGGCACCAUCCUAGGCCCUGCUGGCACGUGCCACGACGGACGCAUCUACAGUCUGCGAAUCCACUGCAGCGACCAAUAUCCCCACGUCCCGCCCGAAGUGCACUUCACGAGCCGCAUCAACAUGAGCUGCGUGGACCCCCAGUCGGGCCGCGUGGACCCGCGACGACUGGCGGCGCUGGGCAGCUGGCACCGCAACAAUGGCAUUGAGAACGUGCUCGUGGCUAUCCGCGCCGAGAUGGCCUCGCCUACCAACCGACGUCUGCCGCAGCCGCCUGAGGGCACCAACUUUUAGAAGCGUGCCGCUUUUAGGGACGAGACUCUUUCUGCUUUUAAAGUUUGAGAGGAGAUGAAAAGAAAGAGGAGAGGUGAAAGUGAAGAGUGCGGUGCGCUCCCGAAUGCUACAGUCUCUCGAGUAAUGCCUAAUGCAUGAUAGUACUGCAUAUUUAGGCAUGCUGGCCGCGAAUCUGGUGUGACAGAAUCGUUUUCUUAAAUCUUGGUCUCGUUGGGUUCUAAAAUGCUGCUAAAUAUUUCUAAUUGUAUGGGUAGCGAGAUCUAAAGCGGACCCCCUUGGGUGUGGAGAAGAUCAUCGGCGGGUCCUCUUUCUGAGGUUCU